AUGGCGUCCAAGCUCUUCUCUGCAGUGAAACUUGGUGGCAAGAAGGCGCCGACCCAAUUGAAACACCGCGUGGUGAUGGCACCCAUGACCCGUCAGCGUACGGGGAACGACGGGGUACCUGGAAAUGCCGUAGCCGAGUUCUAUAGACAACGCGCUACUGAUGGCGGCUUACUGAUCUCGGAGGCCACCAACAUUAGUGCCUACGCUCGCGGUUACUACGGAGCUCCAGGUCUUUACACGCCGGAGCAAGUAGAAGGCUGGAAGGCCGUGACAUCCGCAGUGCACGACAAAGGUGGCAAGAUCUUCAACCAGUUGUGGCACACAGGCCGCAUCAGUCACCCCUUGAACCUUCCGAACGGAGCCCAACCUGGUCGUUUGCCUCACCCGAACCCCCGAGCUCUCGAGGUCAGUGAGAUCCCAGGCAUCGUCGAUGACUACAAGCGUGCAGCCGAAAACGCUUUGGAGGCAGGCUUCGACGGUGUGGAGCUUCACGCCACGAACGGUUACUUGCUGGAGCAUCCGGAAAACCGCGCACGUAUCGUGUUCGAGGCGAUCGAAGCCAUUCUAUCUUCGGUGGACUCGAACAAGGUGGGUAUUCGUUUGUCCCCGUUUGGCACGUCAUUCGGUUGCACCGACUCGAACCCUCGCGAGAUCUACGACUACGUCGUGAAGAAGCUAAAUGAUUACGACCUGGCCUAUCUUCACAUGGUUGAACCGCGAGGCAUGCAGCAGCCAGCGCCUGACGCACCGGAGGGAGGCGUAACCAAGAUUAACCGCAAGAUUUACAACGGUGUGAUGAUCAGCGCAUCUGGCUAUGAUGGUGCUGAGGCUCGCAAGGUGGUUGAAGACGGAACGACGGACCUAGUGGCAUUCGCGCGCGACUUCAUCUCCAACCCGGAUCUUGUGGAGCGCAUUCGUACUGGUGCCGAACUCAAUCCGGUUAACUGGCAGACAAUAUACGUGCCGCUCGAUGUGCCGUUCGAGACGGGUUACACGGACUAUCCGUUCCUUAACGAGAAGACUGCCUAG